AUGAUCCUGGUCCCCGCGGGCCACGCUGCCCUGCUGGAUGCCGAGGCGCUGGCGGCGGCCGCAGCCACGCGAACGGCCGGCCCAGACGUCGACGACAUCGACGCGCUGGGCAAGUGGCUCUGCUCCGCAGCCUUGGCCUCGGUGGCGGUCCUCGCGGCGGCGACGGAGCUCACGGCCGCGAGGCUGCGGAGCCAGGCUGGCGCCCAGGACGACUCCGCCAAGAAGGCGGCCGAUUUGGAGGAGCUCGAGGAGAGGGACAGCUCCGGCGACAUGAGCGACCCGCGCUUGGCGCGUUGGGUGGCCGUGGUGGCCGGCUGGGCCCUCCUCGCCGUGUUCAGCGUCGUGUACUGGGCCACCGGCCAGCUCGCCCCACUGUCCAUCUGCGCCGUCGGCCUGGGCGUGCUCUUCACCAUGCGCCCCGUGGAGUUCGCGGGGGGGGCCGUGCGAUUCAACAUGGCGACCGUGCCCUGGCUGUGCAUCUUCUGGCUGCUGGCCACGCGCGCCAUGCCCUUUAGCGUGGUGUGGACGGGCAUCAUGGGGCAACAGGGCGUCGACAUCUUGCCGUGGACCAUGCUGGUCACGUUCGCCAGCUCCGUGUACAUGUGCACCUCCCUGGAGGUCACUGGCGGGCUGGACGCCUUCGCGCACCAGAUGACGAAGACCUUCGGAGAUUCCCCCACCCUGCUCUUCUUCGCGCUGGCCUCUCUGGCGGCGGCCUUGACGUGCCUGAUCCCAGAUGACGUCGUGACCAUGACCUUGGCACCCACGGUCUGCGCCUUGUGCGCGGAGCUUCGGCUGGAUGCCAAGCCUUACCUUCACGCGAUCUUCUACAACGCCAACAUCUGGGCGGUGACCCUCGUCACGGGCAACAUCACCAACGUGAUAGUGGCCGACGUCACGCACAAGGGUUUCCUGAGCUUCGCGGCCAGCAUGAUCAAGCCGGGCGCGGCCGCGGGGGCGACGUCGAUGGUGUUGCUCUGGGCCACGUUCUCCUCCUCGCUGCAGGCUGCCUCGCAAGAGGCGGUGGCCAGAACCCAGGGCGCCGCAGAGCUGCCCCUGCAGCGUAUGAACACCAUGGGCAUCGUCCAGUACCGCCUGCGCGCACGCAUCUGUGCCGCUCGAUUCGGCUUCGUCUUCGUGUGGGCUUCCUUGGACGGCCUGCACCACUGGCCAAUAUGGCUCACGAUGGGCACGUUCGCUGGGGCAUCGCUGGCCAUGGACCUGGCCAUGGACGCCAUGGGGCUCGACGACGCCCGCUCGUUCACGAUGCAGGUGCUGCAGGCCGUGCCUUUCGACAUGUUUUUCUUCUACCUGGCCCUCUUCGUGCUGGUGCAGCAGCUACUGCACGCGGGGGUGGUGGACGUGCUCGCGCGGGACCUCGCGCCUCUGGCGAACAGCCCCUUCCUGGCCGCCGGGGCGAUCGGAUUCUUGGCGCUUCUCGCGGCGCAAGCCGUGAGCUCGGUGCCCAUGACGAUAUCCA